UUGUUUGGAGCAGCCUCAUCUCCUGGCUGUGCCAAUUUUGGACUAAAACAUCUCGCAACUGAAGGACGAGGUCAGUUCAGUGAGCAAACUAUACAUUUCAUUCAGAGGGAUUUCUAUGUUGAUGAUGGUUUGACAAGCAUGCAAACAGAAGAGGAGGCCAUUCAGCUGGUCAGGGAAUCAAGAGAACUUUGCAGUACUGGGAGUUUAAGACUGCAUAAGUUUGUCUCUAAUAGCGAGAAAGUGAUGGAAACCAUUCCAGAAGAAGAGCGUGCCACACGCAAGGAUUUCAAUUUGGCCUUGGCUCUGCCCCAUAUGGAAAGAGCUCUUGGAGUGGAGUGGUGUAUCACAUCUGACUCAUUCAAGUUCAGAGUUCAAGUGAAACUCAACCCACUAACAAGAAGAGGUGUACUCUCUACCGUGGCUGCUGUUUAUGACCCCCUUGGAUUCAUUGCACCCUUCAUCCUUCUUGGGAAACAAAUACUUCAACAAAUGUGCAGAGAAAGGAUCGGCUGGGAUGAGGAGCUUCCAGAAGGCCUAAAAUCUCGAUGGGAAUCCUGGAUCAGAGACCUUCCUAAUCUGGCUGAAAUGCAAAUCAGGAGAAGCUUCUUACUUUCAGAUUUUGGGAAGGUCAGAUAUUUUGAACUUCACCAUUUUUCCGACGCAAGUGUUGGGGGGUAUGGAGUGUGUACUUACCUGCGAGCCAUCAGUGAACUCGAUAAUGUUCAUUGCACUCUGGUAAUGGGGAAAUCACGAGUUUCUCCAACCAACGUCACCACAAUUCCAAGACUUGAGCUCGCUGCAGCUGUUGUUGCAGUUCGAAUUAGUGACAUGCUACGGAGUGAGCUAGAAAUCCAGGAGCUCCAGGAGUUCUUCUGGACAGAUUCCACUGUAGUUCUGGGCUACAUAAACAAUGAUGCCAGAAGGUUUCAUGUGUAUGUAGCAAACCGCAUACAGAGGAUCAAGUCAAGUACAGAAUCAAAACAAUGGGCUUAUGUUGCUUCAGAGGACAAUCCAGCCGAUUAUGCCUCUCGAGGUUUGACUGCAGAGCAGUUGAAGACCUCAAAUUGGUUUACAGGUCCAAUUUUUCUCUGGAAGAGGGAAUUACCUUGUAGAGAAUACAAGGUGGGCGAGGUCAAGGAGGAUGAUCCUGAACUCCGCAAGGUUGUGUGUAACACUAAGUCGAAAGAAAACCGGUCGUCAUUGGAUCGCUUUGAGAAAUUCUCUGACUGGUCAAGAUUAAUAAGAGCAGUGGCCAGAUUGAAACGAUACAUUAGAAUACACAAAGGUAUUCAGCAAGGAACAAAUGGCAGCACAAGCUUAGAGGAGAGGAAACAAGCAGAAUUUACUGUUGUCAAACUCGUUCAGGAAGAAACAUUUGCAGAUGAGAUCCAGAGCUUGAAGCAAGGGAAAACAGCUAAAACCAGUAAGUUGUCCAAGUUAAGUCCAUUUUUGGAUGAAGAAGGUAUCCUGAGGGUGGGAGGACGUUUAAGUCAAACUGCGUUACACCCACAUGUAAAGCAUCCGGCAAUACUUACGAAAACCAGCCAUAUAUCGACUUUACUCAUCAAGCACUUUCACGAGGAAAUGCAUCAUCAAGGACGUGGAAUGACAAUGAAUGAACUGCGAGCAAAUGGAUGGUGGAUCCUGAGAUGCAGCAGUGCAGUGUCUUCACAUGUUUUCAAAUGUGUAAAAUGCAGAAAGUACAGAAGAGGUACUGAAGAACAAAGAAUGGGUGAUUUGCCAAAAGAUAGAACAGAAACAGCUCCACCUUUCACCUACGUUGGCAUAGACUGCUUUGGUCCAAUCUAUAUUAGAGAGGGAAGGAAAGAUCUCAAAAGAUAUGGUCUUUUGUUUACAUGUUUAUGUUCAAGAGCCAUACAUAUAGAAGUAGUUGAUGACAUGACCACUGAUGCAUUUAUCAAUGCUUUAAGAGGGUUCAUUGCCAUAAGAGGGAAUGUUCGACAGCUGAGAUGUGACCAAGGAACCAAUUUUGUUGGUGCUAAAAGGGAGUUUACAGAACUAAUCAAAGGAAUGGAUCAAGACAGAGUCAAAGCUCUAGGAUGUGAAUUUCUUAUGAACCCUCCAACAGCAAGUCACAUGGGAGGUGCCUGGGAGCGCCAGAUAAGGACCAUAAGAAGUGUCCUUACUGCGAUUCUUGAUCAGUCAUCACAAAGGCUUGACUGCACCUCUUUAAGGACAUUUCUUUAUGAGGUCAUGGCUAUAAUCAACAGCAGACCACUCACAACUGAACACUUGAAUGACCCAUCAGGACCUGAACCUUUAACUCCGAACCACAUCUUGACCAUGAAAUCCAGAAUCAUUCUACCCCCCCCUGGAGAGUUUGUCAGAGAGGAUCUUUAUCUUCAGAAGAGGUGGCGUAGAGUGCAGUAUUUGGCCAAUGUAUUUUGGACUCGGUGGAAGAAAGAAUACCUUCUAAAUUUACAAGAGCGGCAAAAGUGGCGUACACAUAGACGAAACUUGAAGGUCAAUGACAUCGUCCUGCUACAAGAUGAGCUGGCACCACGCAAUGAAUGGAGAAUGGCUAGAGUCACUGAGGUUUAUCCAGGGUCAGAUAAUAGGGUGAGGAAAGUAAAGUUGCUGGUUAGUAAUACCACACAUGACAAAGGGCUAAAACCCACAGCUAAAACUGUCUUUCUUGAGAGACCCAUUCAUAAAGUAGUAACACUGCUAGAGGCUGAGUAGUUACUUGCUGGAAGAUACUUAAAGUUGUAAAGGGCAUUCCUUGUUAAUAAGUUGAAGUAUUGUUGGCAAUGAGUAUUCUGUGUAAAGAAAUCCCACAUCAAGGUUUGUGUAAUUUGGUGGGAGUGUAACUGUAGCUGUAAUGAUAUUGUUAAUAUAAUUUAGAUAAUUUAUUUUGCUUGUUUAAAUCACAAUUGGCAAUUACGUAAGUGGCAUUUUAUAUUUAUGUUCUUUAUUUCAAGUUAUGGUGCCUUUAUUUUGAAGGUCAAGCUCACUUUGACGGUUCCGCUAGCAUGUGUGAGUGAGCGGAGGCACGAAGAGAAGCAAGAAGCGAGCGUGAGCAAGCAAUGCGCUCGGCAGAAAGUUAAGCUACGUGAAUGAACCAUAAUCGGACACUUACGUGAAAGACUGGGAAGAAUGUCAACUAAUUCCCUUUUUUGCAGCAUGCAGCCAACGAGGACUUUCCGAUGGCUGAGCUGAGAGUUUACGUCUCUCUUGCGGUCUGUCUUUUUCUGGCUCAUCGAACCGCUGCCAGAAACGAUGCUCCCUGCCAGCUCUCCACUUUCAAAAGAGGCUUCAAAACCUUCAUGGACCGCCACGUUCGCCCUGGAACUCCUACAAGCCUCAAUCAGGACGAUUGGUGGAGUUACCUUAAAACUAUCGGGGACUGUAGCAGACCCACACAGUCCUUCCUCGAUCCAAAGGAAUUGGACAGGGUGAAGGCUGUGUGCUCAAAUAAAGGGGGGAAGACAUACAAGGAUAACCUGUGCAUCAGCCAGCAGCCUUUCACUUUUGUCACAGUGAGAAGUGUUCAGGGGACUUGUGGGAUCAAAAGUGUCCGAAAGGAAACCAAACACCUGAUCCUGGCCUGUGAACUGCUGGACAAUGAGUGUGUGCCGGUCCAUUUUGAGGGAAAUCCUAGCGACGUGACGCCUGAUAACAGUGCCAAAGCCUGCCAGGACCCCAGGAUAGACAGUCAUGCUCCCAGCCUGAAAAUGACACGGCUCUGGUUGUUGUUUGCUUUGUUUUUCGUUGUUGCCUUUUUUUAAAUUGAUGAACUAAAUGUUAUGGAUUUGUCUUUUUUGUUUGUUUUUUUUUUUUAUCAGAGGGCAUUUCAUUUGAGGUUUUUGAUUUUAAAUCUGUAUUGAAACACAAAUACAGCACAAAAAACAUCUGUAACUUUUUAAAAUUUCUAUUGUUUAAAGAUGUAUCUUUGUAACAUAUGUUAGUGCUUUUUAUACAGAUUUACUGCACAUA